AUGGGUCGGCGUGGUGGCCAAGCACGGAAAAAGGUCAACGCGAUGCUGAGUCAUCAUGCCACAUCACGUUUAACACGCAUCAAACGUGUUUGUUCUAAGUUUCUCUCCGAGUGA